AUGGAUGGUUGGAUUUUGAUUGAAAAAUCCUUAAAUGACUUGGAAACGAAAAUUAAGGAAUUGGAGCAAAGUAACGAAGGGUUACGUUCACAAUUCAAAGAUUUCAAAGAAAAAGUUAAAGAGCGAGAAGAUGAAACCAAAGCAAAUAUUAAUAAUUUAGAAGAAAAGGUUAGAGAACGAGAAGAAACCAUAGCCAAUAUUAAUAAUUUAGAAAAAAAAGUUAGAGAACAAGAAGUAGAAAUCAAAGCCAAUAUUAAUAAUUUAGAAGAAAAGGUUAGAGAACGAGAAGAGGAAACCAAAACCAAGCAAGAAAUUAUUAAUAAUUUAGAAGAAAAGAUUAGAAAACGAGAAGAAAAAAGAGAAUCAGAAAUCUUGAAUUAA